UCUGAGUGUGUGUAUCUGAGUGUGUGUGUUUGAGUGUGUGUAUCUAAGUGUGUGUGUUUGAGUGUGUGUGUCUGAGUGUGUGUGAUGGUGUGUGUUUGGUAGUGAUAUUGUCGCCGUGGAGAUGUCGGGGGACACCGCCACCCUGUCCUGGAGGAAUGUUGAGCCAACCAGCCAAUCACAGCAGUUGGACCCCACAAAGACGGUUGCCGCUAACAACACUCCAGCAAAGAUCAUCAAAGUGUGUUUCACCAGCAACGGCUCCAUCCUGGGGAAGAACUUUAAACUGGUCCGGUGUGAGGAUGGAUGGACCAUCAGGGCUGUGGUGGGUGCUGUGUUAUCCAGCGGAUGUAUCGGAGCGGGGAUUCGCCACGCACACUGCUACAGCCUCCUUCUAAAACACCUCAAGUCCAGCGAGGAGCACUGGCUGCACCCUGACCUCACCGUGUCAGAGCUCGCCCUGCGAUACCAGCUGCAGCACCUGGAGGCCGAGUGGAGAUAUGACCUGAGGAUAAGAUACAUCCCAGCUGAAUUUGUGGAGAAGUUUAAAGAGGACAAAACCACCAUGAAGUUCUUCUACCAACAGGUGCGUAGUGACUACAUGCAGCACCAUGCCAGUAAAGUGAGUGAUGGCAUGGCCUUGCAGUUAGGCUGUCUGGAGAUUAGGAGAUUCUAUAAGGAUAUAAACCCUAACGGCCUGGAAAAGAAGUCCAAUUUUGAACUACUGGAAAAGGAUGUGGGACUGGAUCUAUUUUUCCCCAAGGAGUUAAUAGACAGCAUGAAGCCUAAGCAGCUCCGUAAGCUGGUGCAGCAGACGUUCCAGGGCUACUCCAGCCUGAAGGAGGAUCAGUGCAUGGAUCGCUUCUUCUCCACGCUGGCCACUUGCCACGACUACACACAUGAGAGCUUCGCCUGCGAGCUGGUGCAAGAUUGGAGACUGGCGGUAGACCUGGUCAUCGGUCCUGCAGGGGUGUGCCAUCGUGCUGACCAAAGCUCUGUGCCUGUUUGCUUGGCCAGUUUCUCUCAGAUACAAAGUAUUAAAUGUUCCCAGCAAGAGGACAACAGAGGACUGCUCACAGUCGGUAUCAAGGAAGCCAAACAGCCUCUGCUGGUGAACACGCCCUCUUUGGCCACAACUGAGAACAUGGCUGACCUCAUAGAUGGUUACUGUCGCCUGGUGAACUCCACGGAGGCCUCUGUCAUCGUCAGGACGCACAGGAGAGAGUCCAACAUGGCUCUGCCUGCCAUCCCCACAGGCAGGAGCAAGGAGGACUCUAGUGUAAGUGUUCGCGGGUGCCGUGUGGGUUCUGAGAUCUACGCUGAGAUCCCAGAAGGUAAAGAAGACCGUGAGAGCAGGUUCCGCCUGUCUAGAGAUGACAUCAUUUUGGGACGCAUCCUGGGGGAGGGCUUCUUUGGAGAGGUGCAUGAUGGGAUGUAUAAAAGCCCAACAGGGGAGAGAGUUCGAGUAGCAGUGAAGACGUGUAAGGACUGUAGUGAGGAGGUGAAGGAGAAGUUUCUGAGUGAGGCUGUGUUGAUGAAGAGUCUGGACCACCCUCACAUUGUGCGCCUGAUUGGGGCGAUCGAAGAGGACCCUGUGUGGAUCGUCAUGGAGCUCUAUGAACGCGGGGAGUUGGGGAACUACUUGGUAGAGAAGCAGCACAGUCUGAGCAGGGUGACUCUGGUCCUCUACAGUCUGCAGAUCUGCAAAGCUCUGGCCUACCUGGAGGGCCUUAACAUGGUGCACAGAGACAUAGCAGUGCGGAACGUUCUAGUGGCAUCUUCUGACAGUGUGAAGUUGGGAGACUUCGGCCUGUCUCGCUACAUUGAGGAGCAGGAGGAGUACUAUAAAGCGUCUGUGAGCCGAUUACCUAUCAAGUGGAUGGCCCCAGAGUCCAUCAACUUCAGACGGUUCACCUCUGCUAGUGAUGUCUGGAUGUUUGGCGUGUUUGUGUGGGAGGUGCUGUCUGUGGGGCAGCAGCCGUUCUUCUGGCUGCAGAACGGCGAGGUGAUCAACCAGCUGGAGACAGGGGUGCGUCUGCCCCAGCCCCCCCGAUGCCCCCCUGUACUCUACUCCCUGCUGACACAGUGCUGGAGCUAUGACCCCCACACACGGCCCCGCUUCACACAGCUGGUCUGUGAGCUCAGUGAUAUAUACAGGAGGAUGGAAAAGCAGAAGGAAGGUGACAGGAUGACAGAAGCCCCCCCUAAGCCAUCAAGGCCAACAAAGCCAUCUGGUGUCCAUGGGAACACUCUUCCUCCGGGCAUGCGGAUGGAGAGACAAGGGUCUCUGUGUGGAAGCUCUGUUGCUCUCAAUAGCCCCUCAUGCGGUUGGAACAUUGGUGGCUCCCUCCCACGGUCUCUACGGCGACAGAUGAGCUUUGGGGGAGAGGCGGAUGAGAGGCAGGCGUGGGAGAGAGAGAGGGUGGAGGACACACUUCAAAGGCAGAAGCAGGAAAUGCAGUCUGACAAGCAGUGGCUGGAACAGGAGGAGAGGCUGCUGGGUCCAUCUGUUAAACCAGAUUUGGAGGUUCCUAUGCUGCCAGAGAGGGGGACAGGAGGAGCAGGUGCUCCAGAGAAGCCUCCUAAGCCAGCAAGCCAACAGCAGAUGCCCACUGCUGAGCUGGACCGAUCAGGUGACCAGGUGUACCUUGGCGUCAUGGCGAUGGUGAAGGAUGUGGUUGAGCUGAAGAACAACGUCAACACACUGCCGGCCUCAGAGUAUCCCAACGCUGUGAAGGCGGUGGGGUUAACUCUUCGUAGUUUGAUUUGUAGUGUUGAUGAGAUCCUGCCAUCCCUGCACAGCUCUGUAAGGACGGAGAUUGAGGGCACUGAGAGACUGCUGAAUAAAGACCUGGGGGAGCUGAUCAGUAAGAUGCGAUUGGCCCAGCAGAACUCUGUGACAUCACUGAAGGAGGAGUGCUUCAAGCAGAUGCUUUCCGCCGCCCAUACGCUGGCGCUGGACUCCAAGAACCUGCUGGACGCCGUGGACCAGGCCCGGGUCAGAGCCAACCUGGCCAGACCCACACCAGACUCACCGAGGCCAGACCCAGCGGGGCCAGACCCACCGGGGGCCAGACUCACCGGGGAUAGACUCAGCCCAACCAAGUACCACGGUUCCAUGAAUUAGAAUUUCACCGCAAGAUCACUGAAAAUCAUAAACACUUAGAUUUUUUUUUAUUGAACCAAAGAUGUCGAACAUCUGAAGAGUGUGGAUCUGAAAUAAGAUGUUUUUUAUAACUGAUUUAUUUUUUGUGUUCAUGAAUGUGUUUUAUGCUUAAGACUAGAGAGAAACAGAAGUGCUUUAUCAGGUGAAUAAACAUGCUGUAGAUGUUA